AUGGCAAUACGUUCGAAACAAUAUUUAGAUGUUCGAUUUCCAAUUUUACUCUGGAAACAAUUGAUACAAGGAGAAGUUACAAUUGAAGAUAUUGAAGAUAUUGAAGCUAUUGACAUUUCAAGUUUUGCAAUUAUCAAUAAAAUGAAAGAAAAUAUGCAAAAAGUAACAGCUCUCAAUGAAUGUGAUGAUGAUAAUGCGAAUAACAAUUGUGACUAUUUAUUUAGUAGUAUUAUGACUGAACUUACAUUUGAUGUCGUUAGUUCAACAGGACAAACUUAUGAACUUAUUCCAGGUGGUUUUCAUAUACGAAUAACUGCUGCUAAUUUUGGAGAUUAUUGUAUACGCUAUCGUCAAUAUCGUAUUAAUGAAUUUCAUCGACAAAUUAAAUUUAUUCGUCAAGGUUUAUAUAAUGUCGUGCCAUCGGGUUAUUUGACUUUAUUUACGCUUUAUGAAUUAGAAGAAGCUGUUUGUGGUAAAGGUUGUAUCGAUAUUGAAAUGCUAAAACGUCAUACAAAUUAUCGCAAGGAUCAUGAAUCUUCGCCACAUAUUCAGAAGUUUUGGUCAGUUUUAAGUGAAAUGUUUAGUGAAUAA